AUGAAGGGCAAUCAUACAGAAUUUUUUAAAUCUUAGGCAUCUGCAUUUAAUUCAGUUAGCCCAACAUAGAAAGAUAUUUAUUCAGGAAGGAAGAUAAACUCAUAGCUUAACUCCCAAGUAAUUGAUUCCAGAAAUUCAGAUAAUGUUAAGCGUUUUCCUUAGGUGAUAGAAUGUUAGGAGACAAAAAAAAACCAAUAAAAGCUUCAUUGGAGAAGUCAUUAGUUUAAUACUAGUGAGGAUGAUAUAAUUAUGUUAGGUCACCAGCAAUCAUUAUAGCAAUUGCAUAUUAAUCAGUAUACAGAUAUUAAGUAAAGUUUAUCUCCUAAGACAUCACACAAUUAAAAAAAAGGAUCUUCUUUACAACAAUAGCAAGAAAAAUUAAAAAAAAUAGUUAAUUUGUAGAAUACGUAGGCUUCUUAAAAACUGCUGAAUGCACAAACAAAUACUAGUUUAACAAACAAAUAAAAUAAUAUUAGUAUGAAUAAUUAGAAUGGUGUUCAAAUUAAUUAAAUGAGCAAAAGCAGCUCUUCUUCAAUAUUGCCACCAACAAAAAGUAAUUUAUUAACUUAGCCAACCAAGUUAAAUAGAAGCUCACAUAUAAAAGCAAAUAAUAUGCUUCACCUUUCAAAUUCAAUAGACUAUGAUUGCUCUUCUUCGUACAUAAACCCUUUUAAUUAUAUCUCUAUAAAAGGAGGUCCAUAAAGCACAACUUCUUAAAAAAAAGGAUAAAAUUAAUCAACCAACAAUAUCAGCAAUUAGUAAAUUACAAAAAUACGCAAUAGCUCGUAGUCUAACUAAAGAAAAACUCCUUAAAAUAUUAAUAAUUCUAUGAAUCAACCGAUUUCUUCUUAAAUUCUGACUAGCACUUCGUAAAAUAGUAACAAUAGUAAAGUUCCUAAUUUUUUUGCAUCACCGAAAGUUAAAAAAAGACAAUCAGCUACAGCUGCUGCUGUAAGUAAUGGAAGCUAAGUAGUUUCGAUGUAAUCAAGUGCAAAUAAAACUAAUAUAUCUAAAAGAGCUCUUUAGCUUUAAUCCUAAAAAAAUAAUACAGAUACUUAGUAAAAGGUGAAUUCUCAAAUAUUAGGAGAGAAUAAUGAUGAAAAGGUAUAGAAUAUAAAUACUCCUUCAGCUUAGAAACUCCAUUCACAGUUAAACUAAAAUUUAACAAUAAUUUAAAACAAUGAGAGUAUUAAUAAUUAAUCAAGCCAUUUACAAGCUAAUUCACCAAAUAGUACUUACCAUUAAUAUUAAGUAUUAAGCUAGAAAUCAAAAAAGAGUAUUCAAAACAGUAGCAGUAAUGGAGCAACUUAAGGAAUAGCAAAAAAGAAAAAGAAAAAAACUGAAUCUUCUAAAAAUAAUUUUACGAUUUAGUCUCCUUAAUCAACUUCUUAUUCAGCUCUCAAUAUCAACAGCAGUGUGAAAAAUAAUAAAUAAACAAAUAAAAACUUAAAUAAUAAUAGUAUUUCUAACUAAUCGAAAUUACACAAUGCUAGUUAGCUUACUUUAGAUGAAGAUUAAUGCAAAAAAGACUAGCAUGUUACUCAUUUGCUGUAAAGCUACUAAGAAAGAAACGAAUAAAAUGAAAAUGAGAUAGACUUUGGCUUAUAAAAGGGAAACAAAGAUUAAAAUCAAUAGUAAGGAAAUGGCAGAGGUUAUGAAAAUACAGCACCUAUAAGUCAAACAACAAGAGUUUCAAACACUUAAGAAAAUUAGAAAACUCUUGGUAAUAACUAAAUAGAGAGCAGAUAAGAAGAGGAAGGAAAUUAUGAUAGUAGUAAAUAAAUAUCAAGAUAAUCUGAGAAAAUAUAUAAUGAGUAAGAAAACGAAGAAAAUAAAAUUAAAAGAGAUUCAAAGAAAAAGAAAAAAUCUCGUAGAAAAUCACCUUCAAAUAGAGAAUAAAAUUACAAGAGCAAGUCACCUUCUCAGUCUAGAAGCUAAAAGCGUAAGUAAAGGUCAAGUUAAAAAAGAAAAUACCUUAAAACUUCUUAAUCUCCAAGCAGAUCUCAAAAUAAAUCAUAUAGCACUCACUUAUAGGUAUCUACUGACAAUUUUCAUCAAAUCUCAAAGUCGUUAAAACAAAAUUAAAAGCUCAAUAGCAUAAAAUCUUCAGACAAUUUAGAAAAUCAUUCAUAGAACUAAAAUCAUUUUAGUAGCGAAGAAGUUUCAAAAACUUAACAAAAUAGUCUUGAUAAAACAAAAAGCUAGUAAUAUUCCAUUGAAAGCUCUGUUAGAGCUAAAAACUAAAGCGAAAAGCUUUAUAAUGCUUAAGAAUUAAUAAAUCAAAAUCUAUAAAAGUAAAAAUUACAAAAAAUGAUUUAAUUAUAAAAGUAAAAGCAAGAGCAAGAAGAACGCUUAAGAAAAUCUUAGUACCUUUAAGAAAUAAACGAAAAGUAUAGACAAUUAAAUUCAUAAAAAAGUCCUAAACGUGAUUAAAAUAAUUAACAAUUUUCCAGCUAAUAAAAUUCAGCUACUGCUCAAUAAAUAAACCAUAUAAAUGCCUUCUCUCCUAUCCAAGUUGAUCAUAAAUUACCUUGGGGAGCUAAUUAACAAAAGCUAAAUGUAUUUUAAAACCAACAAAAAAUGCACAAAAACUAAAAAUCUGAAAAUGAAGAACCAAUUAGCUCAAACACAUUACAAAUAAUCUAAAUGCAAAAGAAGGAGUACUAAGAAAAAUAAAGAAGAGAAAGACUUGGAUUAGGUUUUUUGAAUGAUAAAAAUGACUCAUUUGUUGAAUAAAUUGUUCAAAAAAGUAAAGAAAAAGCUAAGUAAAUAAAUAGUUAGAAUUCUCAGUUUGAAUAAGAAAUGAAAACAAAAAAAAAGCAUUUAUUAGAUGCAUAAAGGUUGUAGGAGAUACACAAGUAUAUGGUAUAUAAGAAAAGCAUAUAUGAAUAAAAUAAUAUGAUGAAAAACUAAGAAAAAAUAUCAAAAAUAACUAAAAUCAAAGAGAAUAAGUACAUCCUUGAAUCAAAUAUAAAAAAUAUUUUAAAGAGAUUAAAACACUCAAGCAGUAAAUCUAUAAAAAGCAAAGCAGCUUAUCCUUCUCUUAAACUAAACCCUCAUUACCUUUCUCAGCUAACUGAAACUAAUGGAACCUAAGGACCUAUAAACUAUCAUUUCACAAGUUCUGACAGCUUUUGUUAAAAUAAUUUAACUAGCUAAAAUGUUUGCAAUCUAGAAUCUAUCCCAAUAGAUUCUAUUGAUAACACUGAAGAAAACAACUAUUCUUACCUAUAGGAGGAAUACAAAAAAAUGAUGAACGAAUCUUUAUAAAAAACCUUCUUCUUCAAUAAAUAUAGCCAAUUAGAUAACCAUCCCUCUAACUCAACUAAUAAUGCAAAUGAUGGAAUUAAAACUAAAAACUAUACUAAAUCAAAUUAAAAAAUGAAAAGCUAAAUCUAAUCUAACAAAAAAGACAAAAAAUCUGGCUUGUAGGAUACAAUUAAGGAAAAUUACUCUGAUAAUGAUUUUAAUGAUUUAAGGGGAAGGGAUAGAGCCUAGGUUAUGAAGUAGAAAUUCAAUGACUUAUCUAACAGAUUUAAAAAGCUUCUUGACAAUUAAAGUCCAACUACUAAUCAUGAAUAGACUGAAUUGCAAAGAUAGAGCCUAUCUCCUUAAAUUUAAUAAGAUGAAAAUUUAAUUAAAAAUUAACCAAAGAAAGAUGGCUACAAAAACGGAUCUUAAUCAAUUUAAAAUAAAAAGGCUUUUAAAAUAAACGAUGAUAAUUAAGUAAACACUAAUGGAGUUAAUACUACAUCGACUACAACUCAAAAUCCUAAUUAAUUAAUUCAAAAAACAUCAGAAAAUCAUACUACAAUCCCUGCAUUUUCAGCAAACGAGCAUCUUCAGAUGAAAUAAGAUAAUGAUGUUGAAGAAAUCUAUCAGGAUGAUUUCAUUGAAAAUGGUGAAUAUACAGACUAAGAUUAUUAUUUUAUUGCAGUAUAAUACUUAAAUCAAUCGGCAACGUAGAUAUAAAAGUUAUGGAGAGGCUACAAAGCAAGAAAGAUUUUUCAUCAAUUGGUUUUAAACUCUAAUUGGCUGCAAAAGCAAGAGAAAAUUGAAUUAAAUGAUUUUUACAAUAACAAUAAGGAUGUAGAUUAUGGAGAUAAUUAAGAUAAGGUUAUAAAUAUCUCCACUAUUAAAUCAUCAAUAGUAAGUGUAAAUGACUAAAAUGAUGAUCAAUACAAAAAUUCUUUUCCAGAUGUAUUGGCUCAUGUUGUUUAAGGAAACAAAUAAAUUCCUUCUAUUGUUAAAGAGGAGGACUCUUCAUAAUCUAGAUCUCCCAACACAAAUUGUGAUAUAAACUACAACAAUUAUAAUAAUAAUAACCCUAAUAAUAACAGUAUAUAAGAUUAAGAAUUAUAAUAAGGAAGCAGCAAAAAUUCCUAUCACCAAGCUAGCCAGCAAUAGUAUAAUCAAAAUACAUUAGAUUAUAAAUAGAACAAAUAGCAAAAUUAUGAUAAUAUUCAAAGUUAGCAAGACCUCUAAGGUUUUAAAGAAUUAGUUAUAUAGAAAUUUGCCUAAUUCUCAUCUCAAUUAUAAAAUGCAUAAAAUGUUAACAUGGAUAAAGAACAAAGCAUGAAAUUCCUAAGUUAACUCUAAUAAAUAACUGAAGAAUAUAAAAAUGAGUUAAUGAGUAGUUUUUAAAAUAAAUUAUUUGGCAAUUAAUUUGCUGAUUAAUCUUUAAGUUAAUCUGGAAAUAAGAUUUAUUAGAAUGAAAAAAAAGAAAAUGCAGAUCAUCAAAUGCAAGUUUCAGUAUAAAAUUAAUUUAACAAUCCUUAAAACGAAGAAGUAAAAAUGAAUUCACACGAAGAAAUAGACAAUAUCCUCAUAAAAAACAAUGAAGAUUAAUAUGAAGAUAAAAGUUUAGAUGGAAAUGAAGGAAAUUAGGAAUCAACUAAUAGAUAAUCUAAUUAUCACUAAAAUAAAGCUGACUAUACAGAGAAUGAAUUAUUAAUUAGACUCUUACAAGAUCAUGCUAUGAAAUAAGAACUGAACCAGUUAUAUCUUCUUUUAAUUUAAGAAGCCAGUAAAGAUAAAGAAAAAAAGUAUUACCCUUCUUCAUAAGCUUCAGGAGUUUCUAAUUAAAACUCUUAUCGUAAUUCACAUAGAGUUAAAACUAAUCCUGAUGAAACAGAUAAAGAUUAAAGAUUGUAGUCUUCUGUAGAUAGUAUUGGUUAAGAAUCUGCUUCUAGCAGUUUGUUUGAUAGAGAUUCUUUUAAACUAUUUACUGAAAAGAAAUUAAAAGAACUUUAAAAAAAUGAAUUUAUAGAAGAAAUAAUAAGAUUAAGGGAGUAAAUAAUUAAUAUGAGACACAAAACAGAGGUUGAAUACAUGAAUAAAAUGUUAAAAGAAAACGCAGUCUCUCCUCGUACUUACACAACAAAUAAAUUAGAACUUGACAAUUGGGCAAAGAAAGAAUAAGAUGAGUUGAAAGAGACUAAAAACGAUUUCGAAAAAAGUUUAAAGAGAGCUAUUGACUCAAUUUCUAAAACAAAGUUGGACUACGAAUUAACUAAAAAGUACAAGGAAAAUCUUCAUCACAAUGAAAUUCAAGGAAACAAUAACAGUCCAUUUUUGAUAUAAAAGCAGUUUUUAGUUGAUAAUAACUAAAAUGAUAAUUAAAGUGAUUAUUCUAUUGGCUAAAAUAUGAAAAAUUUGUUGCCUGUAAGCUUAUAAAUUAAUGAAACAAAUACAGAAGAGAAUCCAUUAAAUUCAAUAAAUAGUGGAUUUGAUAAUGAAAAUUUUCACAAGUUUAAAGAAGAAUUAAAAGCCAAUGCACUGAAGGAAUUAAAUAACUCCUCAUAUUAUUCUUCUUCAGAUGCUUAAAUCAAUAAAUCCCCAUUAGAAAGCUUGUCAAAUAGGAAAUAUCAAAAUAAUAAAAAAACCAGCCAAGAGAAUGAUGAUGCUGAUGAUUUAGUAAAAGUAGAAGAGAGAUCUCCUUCUUAGUAAGGAGCUUUUUCAGAUAGAAAUAGAUCUUUUGAUGGUAAAAAAAUGAUUUUCUAAGAAGUUGAAGGUGGAAAUUAAGAUGAUAAGUUAGAGAAAAUUGUCAGUUCAAGCAGUAUUAGUAAUUAGAAUAAUAAUAAUAACAAUAACUCUGAAGAUCAAGUUAUUUUAAUUACUACAACCAGUAAACAAAAUCUCCAAUCGUCAUGCGAGAGUUUUAACAGUUAAUACGACCAAAAGAAUCCUAAAAUGAAAGAUCAGUUAUGGGACUCCUCUAAUCAUCUUAAUCACAACCACGAAUCAUAAGAAUACUAAUAAAAAAACAGAGAAAGAUUUACAAACGAGAAAAUGAUAAUUAAAAAAGAAGAGCACCAUGCUUAACAUCCUCAUUAACUUGGCUAUGUAAAGAAAUCUCCUCGAUUUGAGUAAUUUAUUCUUUAUAUUAGGUAUUUUUUAAGUUUUAUUUUUAUAAAAGUACUUCAAGCUUCUCUGAUUCUAAAGAUAACAUCAAAGAUUUAUCUCCUAAGUCUGAUUAUACAGAGGUAAAUAAAUAAAUACAUAAAAUUAUUUGAUAAAAUAAUAAAAUUUUUAAAAUAUUAAAUUUAAAAGUAGAACUUAUUUAUAGAAGAUGAACCUCUCUAUCAAAAAAAAAUACAACCGAUUUUCCCUUCAAAUUAAAUAUAAAAUACAAACAUGCUCAAUAAUAAUAAUAAUAAUAAUAAUAAUAAUAGUUCAAUUAGCAAUAACAGCAAUAAUAUUCAAACUGACAAUCAACUAAAUAAUUAACAAUAGAUUUCAAGCAAUUAACCUGAUAAGAAAGAUGAAAAUACAAAUUUCAAUGCUCAGAUAGUUGUAAACGAAGUAUUCAAUAGUAUAAAUGAGGGUAUUUUUUUUAAUCAAAACAUAUUUUUUUUGUUAAUAGCACUUUAUUAAUUAAAAGAGAUAAAAGAAAAGUGGAGAAUGAAUGCUUAGGUAGAAGAAAGAUUAAAUGAGUAGCUUAAUAGAUAAGGAUGUAUUGAUAAAUCUGAUAGAUAUGGAAUUCCUUCAAAUCUUUAUGUUAUUGAGCAGUACAUCAUGAGUUUAUUCUAAUAUGUCAAAAGUAUUUUUACUUAAUGA